AUGGCGUGCCUGGGUCUCCUCCUCCCCACGGGCUCCCUCCUCCUCCUCCUCCUCACCAGCACCACGGCCCGGGGGGAAUAUGGCGUGGUCCACGUGGUGUCGGACAACUGGAGCAAGGACUACUGUGUCCUGUUCAGCUCUGAUUACGUCGACCUCCCCCGGGACCUGCAGCACGCCCCGCUCCUGCCCCUGCACAUCGGCACCUCGACGCCCUGGUGCCCGGGCGGGGACGCCUUCCACCAGGCCCGGCCCAGCCCCCCAGCCCAGCGGCCCCUCCGCCAUACCACCGCCAUGGUCAUGAGAGGCAACUGUAGCUUCUACGCCAAGGGCUGGCUGGCGCAGGGUCAGGGUGCCCACGGGCUACUGAUCGUGAGCAGGGUCCAGGACCAGCAGUGCUCAGACACCACCCCCGCGGCCCGGGACCCCCGCCAGCCCCUGCCCGACCUCACCAUCCCCGUGGCCGUGCUGCGCUACACCGACAUGCUGGACAUCCUCAGCCAUACCCACGGCCACGGCGGCGUCCGCGUGGCCAUGUACGCGCCCCCCGAGCCCAUCAUCGACGUCAACAUGGUGAUCAUCUUCAUCCUGGCUGUAGGCACCGUGGCCCUGGGCGGCUACUGGGCCGGCCUGACCGAGGCCGACCAGCUGCUGCGGCGCCGGGCCCGAGGGGGCGGGGGGCCCGGCGGACAACAUCAGCCGCGAGCCGCGGUAGCCGCGAGGGGCUGGGGAGCCAUGGAGGAAGAGGACGCCGACGGCGCCGUGGACUUCACGCCGGCCAUGACGGGCGCUGUGGUCGCCAUAUCCUGCUCCAUCAUGCUGCUGCUCUACUUCUUCUACGACCGCUUCGUCUACGUCAUGAUCGGGAUCUUCGGGCUGGGCGCCGGCACCGGCCUCUACAGCUGCCUGGAGCCCCUGGUGCGCCACCUGCCGUGGCGCCACCGCCGGGCCUGCCCGCGGCUGCCCCUGCUGCUGCUGCUGGGCCUGUGCGCCGCCGUGACCCUGCUCUGGGUCGCCUGCCGCAACCAGGACCGCUGGGCGUGGCUCCUGCAGGACGCGCUGGGCGUGGCCUACUGCCUCUUCGUCCUGCGGCGUGUGCGGCUGCCCACGCUCCGGAACUGCGCCUCCUUCCUGCUGGCCCUGCUGGCCUUCGACGUCUUCUUCGUGUUCGUCACGCCCCUCUUCACCGGGACCGGCGAGAGCAUCAUGGUGGAGGUGGCCUCGGGCCCCGCACACUCCUCAAGCCCCGAGCGGCUGCCCAUGGUGCUCAAAGUGCCCCGGCUCAGCUUCUCGGCCUUGACGCUGUGCGACCAGCCCUUCUCCAUCCUCGGCUUCGGGGACAUCGUGGUCCCUGGCUUCCUGGUCGCCUACUGUCACCGCUUCGACGUGCAAGUCCACUCCCGCCAGCUCUACUUCGUGGCCUGCACCGUGGCCUACGCCGUGGGCCUGCUGGCCACCUUCGCGGCCAUGGUCCUCAUGGAGAUGGGCCAGCCCGCCCUGCUCUACUUGGUGUCCAGCACCCUGCUCACCAGCCUGACCUUGGCCGCCUGCCGCCAGGAACUUGGCCUCUUCUGGAGCGGCCAGGGCAGAGCCAGGACACCUGUCUUGCCUAUGGCGGCGCUGUGCGGCUUCGAGCGGAAGCAGGAAGGCAUUGGAGAUGUCUACACAGCUGGCGAGCAGAAGGCGGCCAUCGACCAAGGGGCAGGGGACCUGGAGAGCCCGCCCAGGGAAGACCCGGCCGCUGUUGUCCUCGUAUCUGAGGAUGAAGCCACCAGUCCAGAGGGCCUCAGCGAGAGCUCGGAGGGCUGGAGCGACGCCAACCUGGAUGUCGCCGAGCUGCCCCCCGCCUCCCCCAGGGCCUCGGACGAGCUGACGCCGCUGAUGCCGAUGGCCGUGCUGGUUCCUCUGAUGCCCCUGAGGCCGCCGCCCUCGGAGCUGGGCCACCUGCACGCCCAGGCCCAGGCCCACGACACCGGCUUGUCCUGGACGGGGCUACACAAGAGGAAGGGCCUGCGAGUCAAGAAGAGCAUGUCCACGCAGGCGCCCUUGUGA